UACUGUAACCAGUUCACAGUCUUUACUUGGAGUUCCGUUUGUGAACUCCUUAACAGAAACUACAGUAAAUCUAAUGCUUUAAUCAGUGAGAACACAAUAGCGCUGUCGGCUUUUCCUUUCACUUGGCGACCUGAAAACCGCGAGCUGAACCAUGGCAGGAGACGGGUCAGAUCAGCGGGCGCUGCAGUAUGAACAAACUCUUAUGUAUGGGCGUUACACCCAGGAGCUCGGGGUGUACGCCAAAGAGGAGGCCGCUCGGCUGAGGGAGAGCGGGCAGAGGCGAUCAGUCAGCGAUCGAAGCCGGACAUUGGACCUGCUGGAGUACGACAAGGGCCGCUGUGCCAAGUGUCGGAGGUCUGGGUACCCGUAUGUUCUGGAGGCCCCAGCUCAGGACUUUAUAUCUGUCUGCACGGUUCGCUGUCAGAAGUUCCUGAUCUCGCGUGUCGGCGAGGACUGGAUCUUCCUCAUCCUGCUGGGACUCCUCAUGGCCCUGGUCAGCUGGGUGGUGGACUUCUGCAUCGCCAUCUGCCUACAAGCACAGAAGUGGAUGUACGGUGGUCUGGACAGUAAUGUGUUCCUGCAGUACCUGGCCUGGGUCACCUACCCCGUUGUCCUCAUCACCUUUUCCGCAGGCUUCACUCAGAUCCUUGCUCCACAGGCUGUUGGUUCAGGUAUUCCAGAAAUGAAGACCAUCCUGCGUGGAGUCGUCCUAAAAGAAUACCUCACCUUCAAAACUUUUGUGGCCAAAGUCAUCGGCCUCACCUGUGCCCUGGGCAGUGGCAUGCCACUAGGCAAAGAGGGUCCCUUUGUGCACAUCGCCAGUCUGUGUGCAGCUCUCCUCAGCAAGUUUAUGUCUCUGUUUGGAGGAAUCUAUGAGAAUGAGUCGAGGAACAUAGAGAUGCUGGCAGCAGCCUGUGCCGUGGGAGUUGGUUGCUGUUUCGCUGCCCCCAUAGGAGGUGUGCUGUUCAGUAUUGAAGUAACUUCCACAUUCUUUGCUGUGAGGAACUAUUGGAGGGGCUUCUUUGCUGCCACUUUCAGUGCCUUCAUCUUCAGGGUAUUAGCUGUUUGGAACAGAGAUGAAGAGACCAUCACAGCUCUGUUUAAAACCCGCUUCCGAUUAGACUUUCCCUUUGACCUCCAGGAGCUUCCUGCCUUCGCUGUCAUUGGUAUUGCCAGUGGUUUCGGUGGGGCUUUGUUUGUCUACCUGAACCGACUCAUUGUCCAGUUCAUGAGGAAACAGAAGGUCAUCAACAAAUUUCUAAUGAAAAAACGUCUGCUGUAUCCAGCACUGGUCACUUUAGUCCUUUCUACCCUCACAUUUCCUCCUGGCUUUGGACAGUUUAUGGCUGGAAAACUGACUCAGAAAGAGGCUUUGGUGACACUACUGGACAACCGAACCUGGGCCAAACAGGGCAUCGCCGAGGAGUUCGACUACAUUGGAAAUGCACAAGCCUGGAGGCACCCGCAAGUCAACGUCUUUGUCACGCUGGUCCUCUUCAUCGUAAUGAAGUUCUGGAUGUCUGCCUUGGCCAUCACUAUCCCAGUGCCCUCCGGAGCCUUCAUGCCAGUAUUUGUCAUUGGGGCAGCCUUUGGUCGUCUGGUUGGAGAAAGCAUGGCUGCCUGGUUCCCUGAUGGCAUUAACACAGAUGGUACCAUCUACCCCAUAGUGCCAGGAGGCUAUGCUGUUGUGGGUGCUGCAGCCUUGUCGGGAGCAGUCACCCACACGGUUUCUACUGCAGUCAUCGUGUUUGAGCUGACUGGCCAGAUCUCCCACAUCCUGCCGGUAAUGAUAGCAGUGAUCUUAGCCAAUGCCGUGGCCCAGUCCCUGCAGCCCUCCCUCUACGACUCCAUCAUCAGGAUCAAGAAGCUUCCCUACCUCCCAGAGCUGGGCUGGGGUCAUCACGAGAAGUACAAUAUUCGUGUUGAGGACAUUAUGGUACGCGACGUGCGGUACAUCACACUCAACUGCUGCUACAGAGACCUGCAUAACGUGCUGCUGACGGGCCAGCUCAAAACGCUCGCACUCGUGGAAUCAGCUGAGUCAAUGAUCCUGCUGGGUUCCAUCGAGCGUGCCCAGCUCCAGUCGCUGCUCUCACAGCAGCUCGGCCGUGCCAGGCGGCUGCAGUACAUCAGGGAACGAGCCGUCGAGGAGAAGAAACGCCUAUCCAUCGUGUCGGACCCAGCCAGCGACGACAACGGCAGCCAGCGCACCAGCCAGGAAGUCCGCUUCCAGAUCUCAACUGAGGAGUCGUCCUUCAGUCCCACUCGUCCAGUACCUCAUAAGCCCCUCAAACCCGCUCUGAAAAGACCCUCUGUGGUGGAGCGACCCACCGAGCUUCCCACCAGCCCACAUGAUCAUUCGGGUAUUGCACUGAAGAACCUUUUCUGCUCCAGUCCAGACACAGAAGCCCUGGAGAAAAACAACAACAUGGAGAGCCUAAUGUCUCCUGACAUCAGGAGGUCUUCCAAACGGGUCCGGAUAUCCGUCGUGGAGCCACCACCCAGCCUAAAGAGUUUCUUUGCGGAUGAUGGAGAUGUGGAAGAUGACAUGACCAUUAGAGAGAUCGCAGAGUGGGAAGAGAGGCAGCUUGAUGAGCAGGUCAACUUCAACAACUGCAAGAUCGACCCUGCCCCGUUCCAGCUGGUGGAGCGCACGUCACUGCAUAAGACCCACACCAUCUUCUCCCUGCUUGGCCUCGACCACGCCUACGUCACCAGCAUUGGACGCCUUAUCGGGGUGGUUUCCCUUAAAGAACUCCGUAAAGCAAUUGAGGGCUCAGUGACUGUGAAAGGUGUAAAGGUGCGCCCCCCUCUGGCCAGUUUCCGGGACAGCGGCACAAGCAGCAGCGAGAACGAAACCACCGAGCUCCACAAGCUGUGGGACCGCCACAAGAGCAUGUCGCUGCCACGCGAAAGCACCCCCUCCGAGUCCCAGUAAGGGAAAAGGUGAUGAGGAAGAAGAGGAGGAGGAGGAAGAUGAAGCAUUGAGGUUUUUAAUCACUCAAAGCUACAAACAUGCAAAAAUCCUCAGGGCUCAGGAUCAACAGGCCAGCUUCCUCUUCAUCUCUCGCCUCAUCUGCUCCUCUCCCUCCUUCUCCGCUAACUUCCGUUCUUCCCGGACCACCCAGUGCUUUCUCCAGGAGCCUUGCACUGACCCAGAGAGACACUCCACCAGAGGAGUGGAACAAAACCUGUGCCCUGCUCUCCAUUUACCCUUGGGAACCCACAGCAGAGCCAGUGUGGAUUAGGGUUACCAAGACUGGGUUAAAAUGAAAAGGGAUUGUUUCUUUUUUUUUUUUCUCUCUCUUUUUUUUUUUUUUUUUUUUUUUAGCAGACUUUGUUUAGCUUGUGUGUCUUUUGAUUUGGGAUCAAAGUUUCAACCUGCAGAUGUAAUCCUUUGAAUGAGUCUUCCACUUAAGGUAGAGAAAUUCAGCAGUGGUGACAAGGAAGGCUACUGUAAUGUGUGCAUGUGUCUUUUGAAAGCGUGUGUGAGUGAAAUGAGACAAUGGGUGUGCGCAUGAAGAGGGAGGUAGCAAAACGACUAUAUCCUACAGGUUUUUUCUUUUUAAUUAUUACGUCUCAAGAACACAUGUUAGACUUUGUUUUCCUCAUUUAUCUGAAUGAUCAGGUGGUCUGGGUUUGACUGGAAUUGGCCAUUUCUUUAUAAAUUACACUGCAGUUUGUCCAGUAGUGGACUCAUAAGGGGAGAGAUGCCUUAGCUUUUCUGUGUUUUCUUAUUUCCAUUGCCCCUCUUUACCUCUUCACUUCGAGUCUUAAUGGUCAGGUUGAGAGCAGAGCCUAUGCAAGCAGACUUGCCUGUUGGCAGCGACUGAGGCACCUGUAGCCCUUUUCAUAACGUCCUUUCAUGCUGUAGCCGCAGCCUUCACACGCACAUAGAAACACACACCAACAUUUUAACGGCGAUGCACUUGGCGAGUCAAGGUUUUCUGCUUAUCUAAAUAUAGCUUUUAAUAAGUGUUCUAGAGAGGGUUGGGGCGGAUGGAGAGGGCAGGAAGCAAGUGAGGGAGGGAGGAAGAGCAUGGAGCAAAUGGAUGGCUGAAAGAAUGAAGCUGUCAUUACCACAGCUGCUCUGUGCUCUCUCAUCAAUCUGCCUUUGAGUGCCAUGUAAGUUUGUAUCAGAGACAUAACCCCAACAGAUAAAUGGCGGGGUGGUUCACAGGGUGAGGCGCACAGUGCAAGAGUGCCCAAUGAUGACGUGCGGGCAUGUGGGAACCAUGACCAACAUUAGUAGUAACAUUAUUUAUUAGAAAGCAUUAAAGAAAAUCUAUAAGUGACCAGCAGAGAGCAUUCACAGAUUUAGUUUAAUCAUUCAUUCCAGUUAAUUUACCAGUCCCAUCACCAACUUCAUCACCACUGGAGAAACUUCCGAGUACUCGUCAGCUUACCUGAUUCAAAUUUGGCUGAUCUCAACUUCAAGGUUAUCUUCUCGGGCACCACUGGACCAUGUUCAAUUCAUAUAGAUUACCAUGCCCAAGAAGAUGGUUCAUUGACUUGAGACCUGCCGAACUUUAAAACGAGUUAGUUUGAUCACACCUCGUGUUAAACCAGAAACCUGAUGCGUCAAUGUUUUAACUGCAGUGGGGUUUCUGUCAUGACAGAUAACGAUAAAGUACUUUGAGUUUAAUAAUUCAUGUCUGCCAUAAUGCUCCAGGCUCGGCUGCUCAUCAACAGUAAAACACUGAUCUGGUUUGCCUAGCGUCUAACCAUCUUUUCCCUAUAUUUGUUACUUAUUUUUGACUACUGACAAACACAUCUUUUAAAGACAUGCUCCUUUUUUUUUUUUUUUACUGACACUACUUCCUGCAGAAUUGGCCCUGAAUGCCUUAAAAAUGCACUCACACACAUAUCCCUCCAAGUUCACUUCUGUGUGCGAUGUGUUGCAUGGAUUUUAGUUUAUCGGGUCGUGUCUUGUCUUGCUGCACCCAACCCCCCCAUGAAUUGAAAACGCACACAGUGACAUAGCAGCAUGCCUUUGCAUGAGAGAGAGUGCAUGUGGGGGGGAGUUUUCUAUGAACAUAACGUACCAAAAAAACCCAAAAAAAGUCAAAAGCUUGACAGGAAUGAAUAUGGAUGGAGUGAAUGAGGUUUGCCAUCAUGUGCCUGUGAUUUUUGUUCUCUUCGAUGGCAUCUUCCACUCAUCCAGCGAGCUUUAUUCAGCCCCUGAUUUUAACCCAGGAUGGGGGGGGGGUUUUGGGUUAGCACAUUUUUACUUAAAGAUUAAUAUAUUUAAUUUCAUUCCUGUAAUAUAAAAUCAUUAUUGAAUGUCUUAACCAGUCAUGACUUGUUGGAAGGAAAUUUGGGGCUUGUUUUAUAUUUGUCGCAUUAUGUUGAUUUUUAAAGUUAAAGUUUCUUUUUGUUUUUUUUCCUUUUUUCUAAUGCAAAUUUUAACGUGAUGUUGGAUAUAUUUGUAUUAUUAUAGACUUUUUUGUCCUUUUUUUGUAAAAUGCAAAUAACACUAACUGGGGGACUCCUGAUGGCGAGAAAAAUGGAAGAAAUGUAAUCACGAAGCCAUGAGACGUUAAUGUGGAAGCAUGCGGUCCACUGUUGACAUGUUCAUUUCACAAGUGCCUCCUCUUCUUUAACAGCGGGAAUAAGCAAUUGAUACUUGGGGGGGGUGUGCGGGUGUGUGCGUGUACACAACCAGAGAACCUGCUCUGUACACACAAACAGACACGCAAAUACAGUAUGGGAGUGGGGUGGGUGAGGUUUCAGAGCAUGCGAGUGCACUUAUCUCCAUGGAACCUUCCCCAACACCCCCAUUACAGCUCACCCGGGUGGGGGGGGACAAGUGACCGACAUCCACUGAUUUGGUUCUUUUCAUUUGUUUGUGCUUUUCAUCGAUUUUCAUUAUUCCAGCUCCUGCCGCAGCCUUCCUUGUUUCCGCCGACAUUUUCACUGCGUUUCAUCUCAUUUUGCUAGCAGGCGGACCCAGGCCCAGCUACAUGCAUAUUUAUUAGCCAGUGCUAAUCAGAGUACAAGUAGUACUUUUCUUUUUUCUCCCCUCCUCAUUUUGUGUUUUGUUUUUUUUAUGGUUGAUCUAUUUGUGGUUAAUCAAUUUGUGCAAUAACAGUGGUUCAUCUCACUUUGUAACCCAGUUUGAAUCAAUGGCGUGAAUGCGGUAUAACCUUAUUUUUGUAAAGAAACCUGAAAAGUGUAAAAACAUGUAUGUGUAGGCAGAGAAGCUACUCUCACACGGGAGCUACUGUGUGAUGAAGCGAUGAUGGAAUUAGGGGGUUGUAACAAUCCUGAAACCGACACAAAAAUCCAGAAUCUUCCAUGUUCAUGUACCAUGAUGCCACUGUGGAGCGGUUAACUUUUUAACAUGCACUGAGUCACCGGGGACUUAUCUAUGUUUGAGUUUGGUUUCGUUUUAGCCACAUGCUAAAAAAAAGUAAAAGUUAAAAAGUUCCAUUUCAAAUGAGGCAUUGAGGAAUUGCCACUACAGUGUUUUCUAAAAAAAACGUUUGCAUUUGGGUGUUUCAAACAGGCAAUAAGCUUUAAAAGAGGUGGAUGUUAACCUAACCCUACAUGAUUCACCAGUGACCUGUGGAUGUUGAUGCCUGGUUAAAGGUGACUGCUGUAACAUUAGGCAUGAGAAUAAUGGACUUUUUGCUUUGGAGACAAAAUAAUGGUUUAAAGCAAAGGUUUCCCAGAAGCUGCCAUGAAAGCUCACUAGAAUCUGUGUUGAAAUAUUAAACUGUUCACACCUUUAGGUCUUAAAAGGAAAAUGGGUUUUACACCUUAUUUGGUUUUUGGGAAACCUUUACCUUAAACAUUAGCUGCCACUGACAUACAAGCGCCUACCCCAGAUUUUCCCUGAUAAAACAGGCUCCUGGGAAAGUUUUAUUAUAAGCCCCUCUGUCCUCUCCUUCAGUCUGAGAGGCUUUGAUAAGACCCCAAUCCCCCAUCAGCUGAUGAGGGUAAUCUUUUAUCCACUCCUAAGGGACUGUAAAUACUGGAGGCCUCCACUACGGCAAACCCCCGAGGGCCAAACCAGACCGAGCUGAACAAGAUCCAGAGCUAUUUUUUGCACCGAAAAAAACCCCCAUUGUUUUUGUAUAUCAGUGAUGAAUAAAUGAGAUUUUAACAAA